GAGGCUUUGUUUUUUUCUCAUAAGUAUUAAUUUAGAUUUGUUUAAUCAUAUAAUUUAUUUUUUGUUUUAUUCCUGGUUAAUUAUAUAUUUAUCUUAUUUCUUUUUUCACUCGUUUUCUUUCCUACUCGUGCUCUCUGUGAAUAAGGUGUUUAUAAAAAAUAAGUUAUUUAUUGUCUUUAAUCAAAUUUUAACCAAAUUGCCUAAUUCUUAUACUUAGAGAGGUGGCAGAGGCUGAUGAAACUUCCCUGAUAUUUUUGUAUCAAUCCUUCUAUUGAAUGUUGGUCGAAGUUCGUUAUUCGAAAAAAGAAAUUGAUUUAUGAUGACGGGUACAUCAGGGUCUUCAUUGGACCGCAGAUCCCAUAUAAUGCCGGCGUCAUUUCAAUGAAAAUCCCACAACUUGUUUUAACUCUGGUCGUCUUCAUAUCUCCGUUCUGUUCUCACCCACAACCACCACCGCCAUGGACGGAGCCGGGUCUGAUCGGAACAGACACGUGGCAGUCUUCGCUUUCCCCUACGGCACCCACGCCGCCCCUUUGCUCAACCUCGUCGUCAAGCUGGCACGUGCGGCCCCGCACUCGACUGUAUCCUUCUUCACCACCCAACAGAGCAAGCAUUCCCUGUUAUCUUCCAAAUUCAGCAACACCAUCCCACAAAACAUCAAGUUCUUCGCCGUCUCCGACGGCAUCCCCGCCGGGCUCGACCUCGCCCACCACCACCCUUCGCGGCGGUUGGACUUCUUUCUCGAAGCCGGUCCUCAGAACCUGAAACAGGCUGUGAGUUUGGCAGUUUCAGAGACUAAAAUGAGAGUGACCUGUGUGAUUUCUGAUGCGUUCGUGACUUCUUCUCUUGUUCUUGCUCAAGAGUACGGUGUGCCUUGGAUUGCUCUCUGGACUUCGUAUACUUGCUCUCUCUCUGCUCACUUUUACACCCAAUUGAUCCGCGAAAAGCACCGCCUUGGUAGUGAUGAAAAUGGAAGCUUGGCCUUCAUUAAUCCUGGCUUCUCCAAGUUCCGAACCCAGGAUUUACCAGAAACAAUUAUACUCACAGACGGAGAAAAAGAAGAAGAAUCUGCGUUUUCCAAAAUGCUAGCUUCAAUGGGAAGAGUGCUUCCAGAAGCCCAGGCAGUGGUGGUUAACUUCUACGAGGAACUAGACCCACCUGAAAUGGUUGAGGAUCUGAGAUCAAAGAUGAAGGCUUUAGUGUACGCAGGUUUUCUGAAUCUCUCCCUCCCACUUCCCCCUCCGCCGCCGGCGAACACCGACGAAACAGGAAGCUUGUUGUGGCUAGAUCAGCAAAGUGCCAAGUCAUUAGUAUAUAUCAGCUUAGGAACAGUGGUUUCACCUCCUCCUCACGAGCUAGCCGCCGUUGCAGAGGCACUGGAAGAACUCGAAGAUGUUCCAUUUCUGUGGUCACUUAAGGAUCAUUCAAAGGCGCUUCUUCCAAAAGGGUUUCUGGAAAGAACAAGCAGGAAGGGGAAGGUAGUUCCAUGGGCUCCACAAACCCUAGUUUUAGCUCAUGAAUCAGUGGGAGUUUUCGUGACCCAUGGCGGGUGUAACUCAGUGAGCGAGUCACUGUCGAGUGGCGUCCCCAUGAUUUGCAGGCCUUACUUUGGAGAUCAGCUUAUGGCGGCGAGAAUGGUGGAGGAUGUUUGGGAGGUUGGUGUGAAGAUAGAAGGUGGGUUGUUCACUAAGAACGCGUUGAUCAGGAGCUUGGAGGUCGUUCUGAAGCAGAAAGAAGGGAAGGUGAUGAGAAAGAAGGCUGAGAAAUUGAAGAACCUUGUGAUUGAGGCAGCGGGGCAAAAUGGGAAAACUGCAAAAGAAUUAAAAUCGUUGGUUGAAAUAAUCUCUUGAAGAAAUCAUGAAAAUGAUCGAAGCAUGAUGCUGCCGCGAUUUGUUUCCCUGUUUGUACCUU